AUGCCUUCAUUGCUACUUCAUCGCCCGUGGAGACUCGCAUCGACUAGUUGCAAUGAACCUACGACACAAGCAAAGCCAUUUUGAACCUCCGGCUAGUCCUGGAGCUGCAAGUGACCGCAAUAUUGGCCCCAUUAUCCUUCAACCUAUACAGCCACAGGAACCAUUGGGAAAUGCCAGUCUAUACUUCACCCGUCCAGAUACACCAUGCACGCAUGAUAGAACAAUGCAUCACCCUACCCGGCCCAACUCAGUAUCAUUGUAAAGCAGUAGAAUAGGCUAUCAAUGAAUACGGCUACACAGGCUCCCACGUAUAUGUUAGAACCCAGAUACUUCCCAGUAUCUAACUCAACCUGUCCCAUUUCCCGGCACAGUCGUAUACAUGCUUCAAGCAGACUGACAAGUUGUAGAAAACUUAUUGCCUGAGCUCAAUGCAGCCACAGAACG